GAGUCGAGACGAAUCUGAGGACGAGCGCCCGGGAUAGUCUACACGAUUGAGUGAUAACGGCAGAUAAUAACUCUGUCACAUUUCAUUCUCGGGUCCAUAUCGCACGCAUCGAGUUAUCAAAAAUACGACCAGUGACAGACAAAUCUUGACAAAGGACGACUGGGAUGUCGUCAACUGACCAGGUCCCUCCCGAAGCUGCCCAGUCGCCGUCUUCAGACUAUGCUGCAUCAUCCUACGGUUACGCAUCCUCCGACGCUCCAAUGCACUCCACGACGGUCACCCCCUUACACCGAUGGGCACUCAACGCCUCAGAUACCCAGUUCAAUGCUGUCGCCGGCGCAGUGGGUGGUUUCACAUCAGGUGUCGUGACAUGCCCUCUCGACGUCAUCAAGACCAAACUCCAGGCGCAGGGCGGCUACGCUGCCUUGAAUAAGGGACGACAUGUCGGCCACCCCAAGUUAUACAACGGUCUCGUUGGUUCAGCAAAGGUCAUAUGGAGAGAGGAAGGCAUUAGAGGCCUCUACCGCGGUCUGGGGCCUAUUGUAAUGGGUUAUUUGCCAACAUGGGCUGUAUGGUUUACUGUUUAUAACAAGAGCAAGGGGUAUAUAUCACAGCAUUCUGACAACAGUCACAUAGUCAACUUUUGGUCGUCUAUCGUAGCAGGCGCCAGCAGUACAAUCGUCACCAACCCAAUAUGGGUCAUCAAAACUCGGCUCAUGUCACAGAGCAAUAUCCGCCACAAUACACAAGACCACCACUCUACGUACUACCCGAAAGCUGUGGGCACACCAACAGCACGGCCGACACUGCACGACUGGCAUUACCGAUCAACGCUAGAUGCAGCUCGCAAAAUGUACACUUCAGAAGGCCUCAUUUCAUUUUAUUCAGGCUUAACACCAGCACUCCUCGGUUUAACACAUGUUGCUGUGCAGUUCCCGACCUACGAGUACUUGAAGACCAAGUUUACCGGUCAAGGAAUGGGCGAAUCGAAUGAGGGAGAUGAUAAAUCUCAUGUUUUCGGAAUAUUGGGGGCCUCGAUUCUAUCCAAGAUUCUCGCCAGUACUGCCACAUACCCUCACGAAGUCAUCCGAACCCGUCUUCAAACCCAACGGCGCCCACUUGCCGGCGAAGAGUUCGUUCAAGGGAUGGGUGUGACGAGUUCAGGCCCCAGGAGUAGGGCCCCCGUGGAGAAGCCUAAGUAUCAGGGCGUCGUCCAUACCUUUCGAACCAUUCUAGCUGAGGAAGGUUGGCGAGCGUUCUAUGCUGGUCUUGGUACUAAUAUGAUGCGGGCUGUUCCAGCGGCAACGGUCACGAUGCUGACUUACGAAUAUGUCAUGAGGCAAUUAUACCAUGCCAGGGCUGAGGCACGCCAUUUAUUGCUAGACCCUACGGCGGAGUAAUAAAUACUCAACAACGGCCCUGAGUUUGGGCAAAACGUCAGAAUCAUAGGAGUUGAACGGUCUUGGCGAAGGAAUGUACACAUGGAUUCACAGAAGGUAUAGGAUU